CUCUGAUAUAUACACAUACCAUAGUUGCCCAGUACUGAAAUCCUAUCACCAAUGAUAAUUCUCUGUAUUGAGGAUAGUAUUGAGGCCAAGGGCCACAUGUAGCUGCAAUCACAAAGAUCCAAAAUCAUUUUCUUUCAAUAAAUAUUCCGGACCGGGUGGACUCCAUCCUUUGUCGAUAAUGCAAUUUCUUUCACUUUCCUUUAAGCUAGUAAGCUGGAACAUAUAUUUAUAUGUAGUUUCGACGGGAAAUAAGUAACUUUUCUUAAAUCUUCACAUAUGUUUCAAUUAUUCAAUACAAAAGAUGCCUGUAACUACAAGAUCUCAGUCUGAAAAAGCUUCAUCAUCCAUUCCACAUGAUGCGGAACCUCAUUCUGCUGUCAAAUCUUCUUCUAGAAACAAGAGCCAUCUCAAAAGCACUGUUCCAAAUGACUCGCUGAAUCUUACUACUUCCCCAAGACCAACUCCUCAGCCAAAACAAAAUCACAAAAGGCGUCGCCCAUUGCCAAAAAAGGAAUCGAAAAGACCAUUUUCCAAAAGUCGGGAUCUUGGAAAAGACGAACCAAACCAAACAAGCACGACCCUUUCCCCGCUCGACACCUUCACUCACUACUUCUGCCAAAAGUGCGAUUGCCCACAAGGGAUUUUUGCGUCCCUCGCUAAUAGUUGUGUUGAGUGUGGACACCGAUUUGAAGACCACCAUGACAUGAACAAUCCUUGGUAUCCGCAUCCUACGUGCGAGUAUAUUUGUGAGAGAUCUGAUCUUGUUCACGCAAUUUUGCAGCGAGCAAGGGAUUUGCGGGUAGUCGUUAUCCGUUCUAUUCCUGGAGUAGGCAAAAGUGUACUCCUUAAACUCCUGGGCUAUCAUAUACACAAAAACUGUCCUGAUCUAGAGCCGAUAUUCAUUAGAUGGAAAACGAUAAAAGAACGCAACAAUCUUGAAUAUGACAAAUAUUUGCAACAGGAAACAGAAAUAUGGAAAGCAAAGAACGCUGAAGUUCGUCCUCACAACCCAGAAGCUACCGAAAUAUUUCUAAUCGACGAAGGCCAAAAUUCAUAUGAGGACAAUUCUUUCUGGAAUGCACGGCUUAAAAAUAUGAACCUUCUCUCACAACCAAAAUUCAUAAUUGCCUCCUGUCUUGAUAUCUACAGUCUUCCUGUUCUUCACGAAUCAGAUUCUUUCGCCCAAAUGAGCCGUAAAGAUUCUUUUCUAUACCUCGAACUGCGUCCGUCGGCUGAUGAUAAAAAACAUCUACUUUUUAAGCCAGUCGAAACACACACUAUGAUUAUAAAGUGGGCUACAGCACAUAACUUUCAGCUUGAAAGUGGUGUCUCCGAAUACCUCCAUGCUGUUACUGAUGGACAUGUGCGUAUACUCGGCGUCAUCUUGGAAAUAUUAAAGGUCCGUUUUCCUGAUCCAAGUUUUUCAUUUCAUACACACCUCCCUAACAUACGGAUUUGUGUUUCCUUAUAACUUAUUCUACUAUAGCCCAAUCAAAAGAUCAACCAUCAACGCGUAGUUACGCUCGGCUUAUGCUAUUCCUUCAUUCACGAUGAUAAUGAAUUUCUACUACAUAUGUUGAGGAUAGUGGGAACGGGGUUUUGGACACCUAAUGUACAGGCUUUAGUAAGACAAUAUUUUAUUGCUUCUUCUUCUUACUACCAUAUUCCAGUUUCGAAUAUUGUAGAAGCAUUACGCAAAGUGGCAAGAUUACCCCAUGGCUAUACCCUACCAGCCCGUCACUUGGAUGACCGGGCAUUGACUUUCUGUCACGACGCCGGUUUACUGCAUACGGAACAAAGACGACCUGGAAGUGAGGAAACCACAUACUUUUUUGCUUCCCCAAUACACCGAACGUAUGUAUGUUUUACUUAUUUAUCUAUCUAUAAUAACCUUCCGUUUAUAUUGACUGUACACCACAGAAUCGCAUGUCGUCGCCUUUUUGCAGCUUCGGAACCAGAUACUAUUCAGGAUGAAAUCACUCUUCAGCAAACGUGCUUCAAUGCGAUUGGACGGUUUAAUUUAUCUAGUUUGAAAAAACAUCUCGAGAAACCUUUUGAAUGGAAGAGGCUUCUAAAUACAGCAAUCCAGAACGAGAUGUACUGUUGCCUCAAUCCAGAGCUUCAUAAUAUAGAAAUUAUUUCCGAAUAUUCUUAUCUUACAAAUGAACGACUCGAUUUCUAUAUCUUUGAAAAGAAAUGGGGCAUUGCAAUACUUCAAUGUAGGGAAACAGAAGCAAUGAAUGAAUAUAUAAGUCAAUUUCGUGUCGGAGGCAAAUAUCAUGGAUGGGGUGCCAUGGACGAUUUUAUUAUUCUUACUUUUUGGUGGAGAAGUGGAGGCCACACACUAGAUAUUAAAGGUAAUGUCAUUUCUUAACUUUGAGAUGAUAUCUCGUUCUAAUAUCAAACUCUUCGUCUUUAGAUGUCGAUAUACAGUCUCACAUUUUACAAGUCGCUAUUGAUUUUGAGACAUAUACUGUGGAGCUAUAUACAUAUGACGGCAAACUACAACUCACCCUGGACUUGGGCCGAGAAAGACAGCAAUCCCAUUCCAUAGGGCCUGAUACAAAUCAAGAGAGCGUGGAUCCUUAGAUGCAACUCUGUGGUUCGAAUUUUUUUCUAAACGAGUCUGGGGAAGCGAAGCAAGAGUGGUGGAGCUGACGAACGAAAUCGCUCAACUGGAAGCGGCUCAUAUAAAGUUAAUUCAGAAAAUCGAAGGAAAGAAGCUUUGAGUGAGAAAUCAAAAGAGGUGGAUAUUCUUUUUUGUUUUUAUUGUUGGAUUGAUG